AUGGUCGCUCAAGUGGCGCCAGUCGAGAGUGAAAUGACUGUAAAGCCAGGACAUGAAGUGAUUGAGCACGAAAAAUUGCAGAUUGUUGGUAGCUCACGACUGGCUGAGGCACUGCUCAUUUCCAAGCCCGACCCAUGGGGAAGUGGCUACCUUCGCAUGUAUCUUUGCUGCGGACUUAUUUUUCUUUGUUCAACAAUGAAUGGAUUCGAUGGGAGUCUGAUGGGCAGCAUUAAUACAUUACCAAAUUACACACAGUACUACAAUCUUCCGUCGAGCGGAAGUGCUGGAACUGGAAUUGUUUUCUCUAUAUUUCAGAUUGGGCAAAUGGCUGGCGCUCUCUUCAUUUGGGUUGCUGAUUGGCGUGGCCGCCGUCUACCAAUAUUCGCUGGCUGUGCCGGUGUUUGCAUUGGUACAAUUGUGACUUGUGUAGCGUCAGACUUGAAAACCUUUGUGGGAGGUCGAUUUUUGCUCUCUUUCUGUUCCACGAUUGCCAGCACAUCUGCACCACUCUAUCUCAUCGAGCUUGCAGCGCCUCAAUAUCGAGGAACCGUAGCCGGCAUGUACAAUACACUAUAUUAUCUGGGAUCAAUCAUCGCAACUGCCGCAGUAUAUGCCGCCCACAAUAAUCUUUCAAAUGAUGGAGAGCUUGAUUGGCGACUGCCAUUAUGGCUUCAAAUGCUCUGCCCUGGACUCGUUACCCUAGGUAUUUGGUUUUGUCCAGAGUCUCCGAGGUGGCUGCUCGCAAAAGGUCGACUUGAAGAGGCUAAAGUCAUUUUGACUGAAUUGCACGCCAAUGGAGUGCACGACCAUCCGCUUGUUAAUCUCGAAAUUGCGGAAGUUUCGGAAUCUAUUGAGCGCGAAGGGAUGCUGUCCUGGCGAACUUUCUUCGAUCUAAGGGUGCUUUUUCGAACCCGCGCAAGAAGAUAUAGAAUUGGAUUGAACAUCGCAUUCUCAUGGUUUGGACAGUUCUCGGGAAAUAAUGUGGCAUCCUAUUAUUUACCCUACUUGCUUGAAAAUGUUGGAAUCACAGAUACCAACACGAAGCUCCUUUUAAACAUCAUUUAUGCAAUUACUGGAUGGAUUCCCGCAAUGAUUGGCGCGAGACUGCACGAUGUUGUUGGCCGACGCAAAUUGCUGCUUGCAUCGACAGCUGGUAUGGCAGUCUGCCUUGCUCUCGCCGCUGGUACAGCAGCUGGUUAUGUGCACACGGGCAGUCAUGCAUCUUCUUCAGCUUCUAUAGCUUUCAUCUAUCUUUUUGGAUCCGUGUUCGCAAUUGGAUUCACUUCGAUGCAACCCAUUUACCCCGGAGAGCUUCAAUCAUUAGGAAUGGGUGUAAUGCAGCUUACAAGCGGUUGUGCGGGAUUUGUUAACACUUUUGCAGCUCCAAUUGCACUCAAAAACAUUGGAUACUGGUUUUAUGUUUUCUUCGUGGUAUGGGAUAUUUUCGAAUUCUUCGUAAUUUACUUCUUCUUCGUCGAAACCAAAGGUCGCACCCUAGAGGAACUUGAUUCCGUCUUCGAGUCGAAGAAUCCCCGGAAGGCCAGCACUCAGGUUGUGACGAUGUCCACAAAUCUUUCCAGUGACCAGAAAAAUGGACAUGUCCAUUUGGAAUCACUUGAGCCAGUAGCUUGA